CCUGCCGGAAGGGCCGCCAGUCGCUUCCAGACGCUGACCGGGUUCUGCUGCUCCCGGCGCGGUUGCUAUGGCGGCGGUUACCGCGGUGACGAGGUGGCGGCUGCUGCUGGUGCUGAGCGCUGCGGCACUGGGGGCCGCGGGCGCCCCGCAGCCCCCCAACAUUCUGCUGCUGCUCAUGGACGACAUGGGGUGGGGCGACCUGGGGGUGUACGGAGAACCUUCCAGAGAGACCCCAAAUUUAGACCGGAUGGCCGCUGAAGGGAUGCUUUUCCCGAACUUCUACACGGCCAACCCCCUGUGCUCACCGUCGCGGGCGGCUCUGCUCACUGGACGUCUGCCCAUCCGAAACGGCUUCUACACGACCAGUGGGCACGCCAGGAACGCCUACACGCCGCAGGAGAUCGUGGGCGGCAUCCCAGACUCGGAGCGCCUCCUGCCCGAGCUGCUGAAGGAGGCCGGCUACAUCAGCAAGAUCGUGGGCAAGUGGCAUCUGGGCCACAGGCCUCAGUUCCACCCCCUGAAGCAUGGAUUCGACGAGUGGUUUGGAUCCCCCAACUGCCACUUUGGACCUUAUGACAACAGGGCCAGGCCCAACAUCCCUGUGUACAGGGACUGGGAGAUGGUCGGCAGAUAUUAUGAGGAAUUUCCAAUUAAUCUGAAGACCGGCGAAGCCAACCUCACCCAGAUCUACCUGCAGGAGGCCCUGGACUUCAUCAGGAGGCAGCAGGCAGCGCGGCGCCCCUUCUUUCUCUACUGGGCCGUUGACGCCACACACGCACCUGUUUACGCGUCUAAGCCUUUCUUGGGCACCAGUCAGCGAGGGCGAUACGGGGACGCUGUCCGGGAGAUCGAUGACAGUGUUGGGAAGAUCCUGCACUCACUGCAGGACCUGGGGAUCGCAGAGAGCACGUUUGUUUUCUUCACGUCGGACAACGGCGCUGCCCUCAUUUCUGCUCCGAAACAAGGUGGCAGUAAUGGCCCCUUUCUGUGCGGGAAGCAGACCACGUUCGAAGGCGGGAUGAGAGAGCCUGCAGUCGCGUGGUGGCCCGGGCGCAUCCCUGCAGGCCAGGUGAGCCACCAGCUGGGCAGCAUCAUGGACCUCUUCACCACCAGCCUGUCCCUCGCAGGCCUGGAGCCGCCCAGAGACAGGGCCAUCGAUGGCCUCAGUCUCCUCCCGGCCAUGCUGCAGGGCCAGCUGAUGGACAGGCCGAUAUUCUAUUACCGUGGCAACACACUGAUGGCAGUCACCCUCGGCCAAUACAAGGCCCACUUCUGGACCUGGACCAAUUCCUGGGAGGAGUUCAGACAGGGCAUUGAUUUCUGUCCCGGGCAGAACGUGUCAGGAGUCACCACCCACACGCAGGAGGAGCACACGAGGCUGCCCCUGAUUUUCCACCUGGGACGCGACCCGGGGGAGAGGUUCCCCCUCAGAGACCGAAGAGGAGAGAUGUUGACACGGGAGAGGCCGUGGACGACGGCAGCAGAGAUGGGACAGCGUGGCCACAGCCCAGGGACGCCUGCAGCUGCCAGGGGCUAGAAGUGGCAGGAAGGAUCCUCCCUUGGAGCCACUGGCGGGAGUGUGGCCCUGUGACACCUGGAUUUCAGACUCCUGGUCUCCAGGACGAGGAUAAGUCCCUGCUGUUUAAGGCGUCCCCCCCACCCCCCCGCCGCAGUCUGCGGCAAUUUGUUACGUGGCCCCAGGACACUCACAUGGGCGAGGAGCCUCCUCAUGGCCGUCACAAACCACAGGAGGUCUGGAGCAGGGCCACGUGCAGGUGCAGGCUGGGAAAUUAGAACUAAACAGGGGGCUGGGAAAUCGUGGUCAGUGAGCCCCCCUCCCACCCCCGAUCCCCGGAAGUCAUUUCAGAGCCAAGAUGCAGCAGGACCAGGACAGUGGAUCCCAGGGCCUGGUUACCCAGACGAGUGCCCUCACACCUGUGCCCACCAGGCCCCCACAGCCUCAGUGUUCCCUUGGCCCCCCAGAAGUUAAAGGUCAGUUAAGGUGACAGCCCUGCUCUGUCCACGUGGGUCCAGUUUGGCGUAAUGUUACGUCCACGGGGCAUUUCUCUCCGUCUUGCUUCUCAACACCAUCUGUUCAUUGCUCCUGGCCUUCUUCCAGCGGGGCCGUGGUGAGGGGCACCACAGGCCGUGGCGGCAGCCCCCGGGGCCGUCAGCCAUCUCACAGAUGCCUCCAUGGCUGGAGCAAACCUGGGCACCUAGGGUGUACGCUCCCCUGAGGUGGGUCAGCGGGGAGAGACGGCGGCAAACCUCCAAGAAGCCCACCCCUGACCGCAGACCCACGUGACGUUGCUUCUCAGACACAUGUGCGCACAAAACAGCUGCAGCAACAAGCUGGUCACCGUGGAAGCUCGGUGCAAGCCCUGCCCCUCGCUGGCCGUGAGCAUGGCCGGAUGGCCCUCCCACCUCGGCAUCUCCCGAAGUGGGCAGUCACAGGGCUGCCUCACAGGGCUGUGCCGAGACGUGCAGAGCACACUGCCUGCGAGCUCUCCUUAGACCACGUCAUCUCCAUUCAGGGUCCCCUCAGGCCUCUGCCUGCAGCCCCCUGUGCUCCAGAUGGGGAGACCCGGACCUGGGAAGGGAUGUGACAGCCCCAGGGUCACUCUGGGGGUAUGCAGAGCUCUGAGCAAGAAGACACUGCAUCUGCCACCUGGCCUGGAAGAAUUUGGGCUGAAUAUGGGGCCUCCUGGUGCUCCCCACAUGCACUCACCCCAUGGCACCACCGAGAAACCUUGUCACCCAGACUGUUGAGCUUGGUUAAGCCAGUCCUUUCCAGUGCGUUCGGCCACAGAAUCCUGGAAAGACACGGGACACACCAAGAACCUGCUUGGGAAAGCUUGUGGGCCACGUGUGGAGCGAGUGUAGCUGAGAACAGGAGCCCGAUGGUAUGGAGGCCCGAGGAGUGGGGCUGGUCUGGGAGUGACAGCCUCAGACGGACCCAGAGUCAGGAGCAAGUAGGGCAGGACCAGCCACUCCUGAAACAAACCUGAAUCAGAGGCCUGAAGAAGGGGCACAGGAGUGAGAAAGAGGCAGCCAGGAGCCCUGGAGCCCGGGUGCGACUCAGGGACACUGGGCUAUGCCCUUGGAGGUUCCAGCAAAGGCCGAGGCCCCGACCAGCCAGACAGAAGAGUCACGGCUGCCGCCCCUGUCGUGUGGUUCUGCCUGAAGCCGCCUUGUAGGAAAGGGUCCCAGGUCCCCGCCUGCCCCCAGGAGGGCGGGGUGAGGGUGGGGGCAGCCCCUGCUCUCUCAGCCACUCUUCCCAGGAGGCUGCUGGAUGGUGGCCCAUCAGGGAGGGGACUCCUGAGCCCCCAAGCCCCUUCCCGGCCUCCCUGGGUGGCUGCCCCUGCCCACCUUGUCCCUCCCCUGCCGCUCGGUGAC